AAUCACUUCAAAAGGUGGAAAAAUCUUAUCAUUUUUAUCUUUUUGCGUGCCCGGAGCUCUCGUCGUAGUUCCCGUUGGAAAAGUCACGAAGGAGUUCGUUCGGAAUGACUACACCUCCUCAUUUGACACACCUCGGUUAACGUGAAAAUGUCGCUGCUGAUCCGCUGCGGAAAACAAUCUCCACAAAAUCCGCACCGUUUGCUGGAAUUAGUUCGCUGUUCCCUGAAAAAUCAUCAUCCCCUUGGGAAGCUUCACUCGCGGCAGUUGCAUGUUACUGCUUCUGCGGCAGGUCUGCUCCACUAUGACCAUCGAACGGGCGCUCGACCGACGCUUGGAGUGCAGCGUAGAAGCUACUCAACGUCGAAGCCGGGCUCGGAUUCUCAAGGCACCGAAAACGCCCUUCGGCAUAUAUUCCAAAAGAAGAAGAAAGAAACGAACCAUGGAGUGCAAUUUUGCGAAACUCGAAGCAUACCAUCGGAGCAUCGAGCGAAGGAGAAGGAGAGAAGCUUCACUUCACGCACCCUAACCGAAAGCCACGCCACGAAUCUCGGGCAACAGCAACGACAGGGCCAGCAAGAACGGUACUAUCACCGGUACGACCAUUCGAAGAAUCUGCAUCGCGGCCGGUUCCUGGGAGGAUCACAAGCGAUCGCAGCUAACAUGGGCCGGGUCCUUCCUAACCACCAACCAUUACUGCAAGCUCCCACCACCAUCAUCACCAGCAACAUCAAAGCAACAUCACCAAUUCGUCAUUGUUUCCAUGUAGGGCACCAUCCGGCGUCCGGCGAAUCGAUUGGCACCUACGAUGGACCGGAAGUGACGGCCACCGAUAUGAUCAAGGCGAUGGCAACCUACAUCUGGCCGAAGGAUGAUGCAAUGGUGCGGAAAAGAGUACUGGUAUCGUUGGGCUUACUGGGCGGUGCAAAGGUGCUGAACGUGUGCGUGCCCUUCCUCUUUAAGAUGGGCAUCGAUAAUCUGAACGUUCUCAGCAUGGACACGGUACCGGAAGCUGCCUCGGCACUGACCAUUUCCGUGCUGCUAGGGUAUGGAAUUGCACGCGCCGGUGCCGCUGGAUUUAACGAGCUGCGAAAUGCCGUGUUUGCCCGUGUAGCCCAGCAUUCGAUCCGCAAGAUCGCCACCAACGUGUUCCUUCAUCUGCACAAUCUCGAUUUGCAGUUUCAUCUGAGCAAGCAAACCGGAGCACUGUCGAAGACGAUCGAUCGUGGUUCACGGGGAAUCAACUUCGUACUCACGGCAAUGGUGUUCAACGUGGUGCCAACGAUAUUUGAGCUGGCGCUCGUAUCGAGUAUUCUCGGUGCAAAGUGUGGCCUCGCGUACGCUGCCCUAUCGAUGGGAUGUGUUGGCGUGUACAGUGCGUACACAUUGGCGGUCACGCAAUGGCGUACCAAGUUCCGGAUCUACAUGAACCAGGCGGAGAACGAGGCUGGCAAUAAGGCGGUCGAUUCACUGAUCAACUACGAAACGGUCAAGUAUUUCAACAACGAACAGUACGAAGCGAACCGGUACGAUAAGGUGCUGCAAAAGUACGAGGCCGCUAGCCUCAAGACCAGCACUAGUCUGGCGUUGCUCAACUUUGGCCAGAAUGCGAUCUUCAGCGUAGCCCUGAGUGCGAUCAUGGUGAUGGCCGCGAACGAGAUCGCACGGGGCAACAUGACCGUCGGUGAUCUGGUGAUGGUGAAUGGGUUGCUGUUUCAGUUGUCCAUUCCGCUCGGAUUCUUAGGCAGCGUGUACCGUGAGGUGCGCCAAGCUCUGCUCGAUAUGCGUACCAUGUUCACGCUGAUGGGCGUCGAGAGCGCCAUCCAGAACCGUGUCAAUGCCUCGCCGUUGGAUGUGCGACGAGAAACGGCUUCGAUCGAGUUCCGGCACGUUGGCUUCCGGUACGCACAGAGCAACGACAUUUUCAAGGAUCUCUCCUUCACGAUACCGGCGGGCGCGAAAGUGGCCAUCGUUGGAGGGUCUGGAUCGGGGAAAUCUUCGAUGGUGCGGCUACUGUAUCGAUUCUUCGAACCGACGACCGGAGAGAUACUGAUCAAUGGCCAGAACAUAAGGGAAGUGGACCUCCAAAGCCUAAGGCGUGCCAUUGCCGUCGUGCCACAGGAUUCCGUGCUGUUUCACGAUACGAUCCGGCACAACAUCCACUACGGUGAUCUGUCCCGGUCACAGGCUGAGCUGGAGGAAGCCGCCCGUAUGGCGGAUCUGCACGAGUCCAUCCUUCAGUGGCCGAAACAGUACGACACGCAGGUCGGUGAGCGGGGGUUGAAGUUGUCCGGCGGAGAGAAACAGCGAGUAGCCAUUGCUCGAGCCAUCUUGAAGAAUUCACCCAUCCUGGUGUUCGAUGAAGCCACUAGCAGCUUGGAUUCAAUCACGGAGCAGAAUAUACUGCAAGCGUUGGCACGUGCAACGGAUAACCGUACCAGCAUCUGCAUUGCGCAUCGGCUUUCGACGGUGAUGGAUGCGGAUGAAAUUUUAGUUCUCGAAAACGGGCGCAUCGGGCAACGUGGAACGCACGAUCAGCUGCUGCGAAGUGGCGGUCUGUACACCAAACUGUGGGACACCCAGAAUCGACAGUAUAACGCUGGAACCACCCAGAACAACAAGCACUAAUCGCAAACGUCUGAAAUGCUGAAAGGAAGCGAAAGAAUUGUGUAAAGUUUGUUGACUAUUUUUAAGAUAGAACAAAACGUACCAUUACGCGAGUGCGAAAUCACUUGACCCGAGCGUAUAUUUUGAUUUGUACCAUACCUUAUGAUCGCGAACAAUGUGAGCCCUUUGUGCAAAAUGCCUUAA